AUGCGCCCCGUUCCACCGCAAGUAACUCAGGGAUACGCAGCGUCACUACAUGUGCUAUACUGUGCAUUUACAUAAACAGAGGUGCAGUUAGUAUUUCGUGGGCAAGAUGAUAGUGGGAAAAACGAGAAGUGUCAGAAAUAGUUUAUAACUUCGUAGUCGUAACUUCUUUUUGUGUACCUAUUAUUAUCUGUUAUUUGCAUAUGAAAUCUAUAGAUGACUUUUCUACAACAUAUUAAAGACCGCAUCAAAAGAUUAAGAAUGGCAAGAUUUCGGUUUGGAAGACAGCACGAAGGUUAUCGCUUGAUAUCCAACGACGACAGCGGUUUCUCUGAUGCCCAGUUUGAGGAACCUGUACCAAAAAUUCCUUGGAAAGCCAUUACAUUAGCUGUAUUCUUGUUUGUUAUUGGCACAAUUUUACUUAUAUCAGGUAGUUUAAUAGUUUCAGGACAUAUAGACACUAAAUAUUCAGACCGAUUAUGGCCAAUGAUAGUUUUAGGUGCAAUAAUGUUCCUCCCUGGAGCAUAUCAUAUUAGAAUAGCUUAUUAUGCUUAUAAGGAAUAUCCAGGGUACAGCUUUACUGACAUUCCCGAGUUUGAAUAGAUGUAGGUUAGUAGUUAAUUUUGAUUAACAAUUUGAAUAAUGUAAUUUUUAUGAAAUUAAUUUUUACUGCACUAUCAGUGGCAAGGUGUAGGAACAUGAUAACUUUAAUUAUAGGUUUUCUACUUUUGUCUCAAAUGCUUCACAUAUAAAUUCUAAUUUUUAUGCUUUAAAACAAUGACAAUGAAUAAAACCUAUCUCAAGUUCUUCCUGCCAACCAUGGACAUAAAUAUAUCCUUAGAUAUGGAAUUUUUAUAUGAUAUUAACAUAUUUGAAAUUGCCUUAUGUAAUAUAGAAUGUCUGUUGUUUUUAGUGCUGAAGUACUAGACUAAUGAACGAUUGGAUGUCAAUCAAUUUCCACCUACCAUAGUUAUAUUUAUUACAUUUUUAGAGUAUAUGGGCAGAUAUUUGUAUACUUUGUUUAUUUUAUCUGUAUGCCAGAAUGUAUAUUUGUUUUAAUACAGGCAAACUUGCAAUGGAAACAAGUACCAUUGAUUUUGCCAUUUCAGAGUUAAGCCAUCUAGCACCAAGCUAAAAUAUAUUACUUGCAUAAAUCAAUUAAUUUAAUAUGUUCUUAUUAAAAAUAUUUAUUCAUCAGUCCCUAACUGGUGUGUAUGCUGAUGCAUAAUUGUGUGUGCAUCCACUUCCAUAACUCAUCUGAUGAUGAGUCAUGGAAGUGGAUGGAAUAUGAGUGAAUGUAAGGAUAAAUGCCUAUGGCAUUUGAUUCUUUUUAUCUCUAAAAACUAUUGAUGUAAAGAUAUUGUUUUGUUACAAUUUGUCUUAUAUAUAUCAGGAAAUGUUUCCAUAAAUAAUGCUGUUUCAUUAUAUGUAAAAAGAA